AUGGGAAAGAAGGACUUCUCGUUAGAAGCAGCACUCCAACAGCUGAAACCGUUCGACACCGAUCAAAUAAAGUUCGAACUAGAACAGUACGCGACGUCGGCCGAACUCGGCGCCGCCAUCAUCACACACAUACAGGACGACGUCUUGGACAAGCGUGUCUUAGAUCUGGGCUGCGGCACGGGUAUAUUGAGCUGCGCCUGCGCGCUGGCGGGUGCUAGCAUUGUGGUCGGUGUGGAUUGCGACGAGGACGCCCUUGCUUUGGCGAGAACUAACAUCGCAGAAUGCGACGUCGACCACGUCGUCGAUUUUGUGAGGUGUCGCAUUGAUGAUAACGCGCAACUCCCGCUGCGCAACGCCUUCGACACGUGCGUCAUGAACCCACCCUUCGGCACGCGGAAAAAGGGAAUCGACGCUGCUUUUGUAAGGGCCGCUCUCUCAUUAUGUGACGUGGUCUACUCGCUGCACAAGACGUCGACGCGCGCCUUCCUCCUGAAACGAGCGCACGAGUGGGGCGCGGCCGCGGACGUCGUCGCCGAGCUGCGUUUUGAUUUGCCAAAAACGUACGCGUUCCAUGCGGACAAUUCACGGGACGUCGCCGUCGACCUCGUGCGCUUCCGGCGGGUCGCGGAUGAACUGCCGCCGCCCGUCGUAUCCAUGGCCGAGCCGCCGCCGCCGGCGACGCGGUGGGCGCCUCGAGGCCGCGGCCGCGCGCCGCGGGGGCGUGGGCGAGGGCGCGGCCGACGGCGGUAG